GUCGACGACAAACGGCAGCGCGCGCGUUCGGUGUGAAGGUGCCGGUCCAGCUGCAGUUGGACGUGGGUGCCCGGCAUUGGUACCUGCGUAUGAUAUUGAUUAGGCCCUGACGAGGGCUGUAGCCAGUGCGUGCCGGAUGCGGUCCCGGUCAGCACACGCACAUUAGGUAUUUGCUCGUGCAGCUCUCUCCGCGCUCACUGCCACCCCGGCUGCGGACCAUCCCUUGUGACGACGGCAGCGCGGUCCGUCUUGAUACUCGGGCAGUAAAUCGGGACACCGUGACCGUGCAUGCAGGCCAACCGUCCUGCGAUCGAGUGACGUCGAGCCCAGGUCGUGUUCGCCAUGGCCGAGGCCGCAGCGCGUGCCUCGGGCACGCUCAAGCAGUAUCAGCUCGAUGCCGUGAUUGAUGGCCAAAUCUCCCCCGAGAAGCCCGAAGUCCUCUUCAAGGACCUUGAAGCCGUAGGCCAUGGCGCCUAUGCCGACGUGUUCAAGGCCCUGGAUUUGCGCAACAAUGAGGUUGUAGCCAUCAAGAAGUUUAAGAAAAAGUCCCGCGAGGAAUUUGACGACAUUCUGAAGGAGAUCAAGUUUCUCAAAGGCAUCAAAAGCCCCCACCUGACCAACCUGAAGGGGGCUUUCUUCUCGACCAACAACAAAGUUUGGAUCGUCAUGGACUUUUGCCAAGGCAGCGUCUUUGACGCCAUCCAAGCCCUCAAAUCACCGCUCUACGAAGCUGAAAUCCGUGACAUCAGCUUCAACGUCCUCAAAGGUCUCGAGUACCUUCACAACUCGGAAAAGAUUCAUCGCGAUAUCAAAGCCAAAAACAUUCUCGUCAGCGACAACGGCGUUGUCAAACUUGCAGACUUUGGUGGCGCUGAUCUUUCCAAAAAGGACGGCCGAUGCAAUUCGUUUGUCGGGUCUCCCUACUGGAUCGCCCCCGAGGUCAUCAUGGCUAUGGACACGGGCACCUAUUCCUACCCGGUAGAUAUCUGGUCCUUUGGCAUCUUUGUCAUUGAGAUGGCCGAGAUGAACCCCCCUCUCUUUGAAAUGCAGUCCAUGUCUGCCCUCUACCACAUCCCGCAACGCGACCCCCCCACCCUCAAAGCAGACACGUGGUCCACUGAAUUUCGUGCUUUCCUCGCACGCUGCGUGGCCAAGGACCCGGUUGAUCGCGGUACCGCUACAAGCUUACUG